UUUAUUUCUUCUUUUGAGUCGAGUCAAGUAUUCAGAGGAGCUUCUUCAUGGAGGCCGCCUGCAUUUCAGCGGAGUUGUGUCCAUCAUCGUUCGUCUUCUCCAGUCCAUUCCGGGAUAGUUUCGCAGAAAGGCCGUUGGGAUCAUCAAGCAAGUCAGCGGCCACUGAGUGGAAGCUUGCACGGCAGCGGAUGACCCCUCCGAGAGCUGCCACCGCGGUCCAGCCCAGACAAUUGAGCAUGGAAUCCAUCCAAGCAUGGCAAUGGCGGUAUCAGGGCAAUGAGGACUUGGAUGGUAGGAAAGAUACGCUGCGGAGCAGGAGUGUUGCAAGCACAAGUGGCGGGGAAGAGGCGCAGCCAGCAAGUGUCAGUCAGGAUGCACUAGAAAAGGGUGCCGGGGGACCUGAAGACCAGCGCCUGCAGACGCCCGCCCACCUGCCCAAACCUCUGUCCACCAAUCAAAGCAACAUCAACAGGACGGGGCAAUUGCGGGUGGCGUACCAGGGUGCCGCGGGGGCUUACAGCGAGGCAGCUGCAUAUGAUGCCUUCCCCGGGUGCGAAGCGGUGCCGUGUGAGCAGUUUGAUGCCGCCUUUCAGGCGGUGGAGCUGUGGCUGGUGGACCGCGCGGUGCUGCCCAUUGAGAACUCCCUGGGGGGGAGCAUCCACCGCAACUACGACCUGCUCAUGCGCCACCGCCUCUACAUUGUGGGCGAGGUCAACUUCCCGGUGAACCACUGCCUGCUGGCGCUGCCGGGCGUGCGCAAGGAGGACCUCAAGCGCGUGCUCAGCCACCCGCAGGCCCUCGCCCAGACGGAGGGCUACCUGUCCGCGCUGGGGGUCAUCAGGGAGGCCGCAGCCGACACCGCAGGCUCUGCGCAGCUGAUCGCCCAGGAGGGGUGGACCGACGCGGGGGCGAUUGCCAGCCGGCGUGCGGGCGAAAUAUACGGGUUGGACGUAUUGGCAGAGGGGGUCCAGGACGAGGCCGACAACGUGACUCGCUUCCUCAUGCUGGCCCGCGACCAGCACAUCCCGCGCCUGGGCGUGCCCUACAAGACGAGCAUCGUGUUCACCUUGGAGGAGGCCCCGGGCGCCCUCUUCAAGGCGCUGGCCGUCUUCUCGCUGCGCGACAUCAACCUCACCAAGAUUGAGAGUCGGCCGCAGCGCGCCAAGCCCCUCCAGGUCGUGCAGGACCUCCGCAACCAGACCUCCACCAAGGCGUUUCAGUUCCUGUUCUACAUCGACUUCAUGGCCAGCAUGGCCGAGGAGCGGGCCCAGAAUGCGCUGCGCCACCUCCAGGAGAUCGCCCCUUUUCUGCGGGUUCUGGGCAGCUAUCCCAUGGACACCCGGCCCUUAUGACCGCCGGCCAGGAAGGCCCUCCCGCAUGCGAAGGGCCGAUUGCCCGUGAAUAAGGAACGCGUCACCCCUGGGCUUGGGGUCCAGAUGGGAGUGCCUGCGACGUUGAUGUAGUCGGCACUGAGGCUGCAUAUCUUGUCUUCGUGUCUGGUUAGGUGGUCUGAUGAGAGCACAGCUACUGUACCUCGUCAAACAAAUCAGCGCCUGCAGUACGACAGGAUUGGUCUGCUAUCAGAGUUCUGGCACAUGAAAUUGUUGAUCGACGUGGCACGCAGAGGUGUUCUGUUCAGAUAGUCUACAAUUGACAGGUUGUAAGCGAACUAAGACCAUUUUUUACCACAACCGCGAGGCACAUGCUGACGUUGAAUGGCUUGAAUGUCGAGUCCAUGAGCAACUUGCUGACUGCAGCUUCGCUCUUGGAGGUCGACUAUGAUAUUUGGCUCGAAAUGUUGACCACUGUCCC